CAUGCAUAUUGAUUUUUAAUAACAAUCUACUAUAAAUAAUGGAAUUUAUAGUUUAUGGUAAGGAAUAGAUGAAGAAGAGUCUAAAAGAGAAAAGAAAAAACAAUAGAAACAAGCUCAUCCCUAAUUUUCAGAGAUGACUGAUAAAUAAAAACAAAGAAAACAAAAUUUGAAUAUUUAGAAAAAAAAGAAAGGAAAACAAUCAAAUAAAUCAGAUAAUAUUUAAAUAAAUGAUGAUGAAUCAGAAUAAUAGCAAUAAAUAUAAGUAUAUUUUUGAAUUAAUCCAUAAGCAUUUAAAAUAUGAAACAAAGCCUUAAUUUAUUCUUUUAGUUAAACCAAAUAAUGAGGAGAUCUAAAUUGAUUUAUAGCAAUACAUAGACGAAUAAGUAAAAAUUAAAUGAUAUAACUUAGUAUUCGAUUCAAGAAAAUAUAUCAAAAAUAUCCUGUUUUAAGUAAGAGAGUGAUUUCGGACACACUGAAUACAAACUUAGACUAGUAGAUCCUGAUCCAAAGAGAUUAACUCAUUUAACAACAUAAAUGAAUUUUAGAUUAUCUGAAGGAAAUGGAAUGGCAUAUUAUAAAAUUGGAGUAGAAGAUAGUGGUAAUCCUUUAGGUCUUAAUAAAUCUGAUAUGCUUGGAUCAUUAAAAACACUUUGUUUAAUGGCUUAAUCUUUAAAAGCUGAAUUAUUGGUUGUAGGUAUAAAUUAAGGAACCAAUGGAAAAACCUGUGAAGUUAUUGUUAGAAAAGGAUUGAAGGAUGGAAUUAAUUUAGAUAUUAGAAUUCUACUCUUAGGUGAAAGUGGAUCUGGCAAAACAUCUUUAUUAGGUGUUCUUAGUACUGGAUAACUAGAUAAUGGUUAAGGGUUAGCAAGAAUGAAGUUUUUAAAGAAUAGAUCUGAAAUUACAUCUGGAAAAACAGAAAGAGUAAGUCAUACAGUUAUAGGUUUUGAUAGUGAAGGAAAGAUUAUGAAUCAUUAAAAUUAACUUAAUUUCAGUCCUACUUGUAUGGUUGAAAAAUUAGUUGAUUUAUCAACAAAAUUAAUUACUUUUAUUGAUAUGGGUGGUACUAAAAGAGCACAUAAUUAAAUGAUUUAGAUUAUUAAUUCUUAAUUUCCAGAUUAUGCUCUAUUGACUAUAUCUUCAUUACAAUAAAUUGGUAAACCUACUAUGGAUUUUCUUAAAUUAAUAUAAAUUCAAUAAAUUCCAUUUAUGAUUGCCAUAACUCAUGUAGAUCAAAUUACAGAAGAUUAUUAUAUGGAUAAAGUUGAAUAAUUAAAAGAUAUGAUUAAAAGUUUAUAAAUUUAAAGUGUUCCAAUUGUUGUUAGAAGUGAAGAAGAUGUAGUUUUAUUUAGUAAAUAAAUUUUAAGUAAAACUCUUAUUCCUAUAUUUUUGAUAUCUAAUUUAAAAUAGAGAACAUUAGAUUAUUUUAUCAAAUUUUUAAAUUUAUUACCAUCAACAAAUGAAUUAACAAAUAAUUCAAAUUUAGAUUCAGAAUAUUGUAUUCAUAAUGUGUUUGAAAUUAAUAAUUAAAAAGUACUUGGUGGAACAGUUCUUAAAGGUAUUAUAAGAGUUAAACAAAUAUUAUAAAUGGGACCAGAUAAAUAUGGUCGUUUUUUCCCUAUUGAAGUUGAAGAAAUUUAAUGUAAUAGAGUUUAAGUAUUUAUUUUUAAUAUAAUCUAGGUCAAAUCUGCAUAAUGUGGAUAAAUAUGUACAAUUAGAUUUAAAUAAGGAAAUCUUACAUAAUAAUUUGGAUCAGAUUAGAAUCCUAUUAGACGUGGAAUGGUUUUAAUUGAAGGAAAAAGCAAUCCAUAAGCUGCUUGGGAUUUUCUAGCUGAAAUUUGGUUAUUUGAUGAUUAAAAAGAAGCCAAAAAAAUUGCAGUUAGUUUUGAACCUGUAAUUAAUACAUAAUGUACUAGGUAUCUUAAUUUUAUUAUUAUUAUUAGAUAAAUUUGUAAAAUAAUUAGAGAAGAAUAAUUAUAGUUUGAAAAUCUAACAUUAAGAAAAAAAUAAUCUAAAUCUAUUGAUGAAUCUUGUAUGUAGAAACCUGAAACACAAUAAUAAAGAACAUCUUAUAGGAAAUAAAGUGAAUAACUCAAAAAAGCUAGUAGUUCCAAUAAUUUAAACAAAUAAUCUUAUAGAAGUCCAAGAAGAAAAGGAAGUAGCUAAAUCAAAUCUUAUACUAAUGAGGAUGAUUAAAAAAAAACUGAUUUAUUUGUUAUUAAUGAGAAGAAUGAAAAACCUAUGGAAUUUAUUGAAUUAAUUCCUAAACAACCAAAUAUAAUUAGACUUAAAUUUAAAUAUUUCCCAGAAUAUAUCACUAAAGGAAUGAAACUAAUUAUAAAUGAUAAUGGAUUAUAAGCUUGGGGAUUUAUUAAAUAUAUAAAUUAUUGA